AUGUCACAACUUAUCCACGACUCUUUUUUUGGUCGCAUGCUGCGCCACUUGUCCAAGGGGAAGUUGCUGCCACACGAGGAGACCAAGAACCCUACUCUCUUAGAACAGUUUUCUGAUAUCUCGUCUACGCCAGCGGAAAAGACGUCUCCUGAAAGACCCCCAUCGUGUGCGAGCACUCUCAACCCAGGCGAUGGAGAGCAGGCCGAGAAGGGACGAGACCCGAACAUCGUGGCCUGGUACGGGCCGGAAGACCCAGAGAACCCUCUCAAUUGGUCGACCUUCACCAAAUGCGCAAUCACCUUUGAGCUGUGCUACUUGACGUUUGCCGUCUAUGUGGGAUCAUCUGUCUAUACUGCGGGCGUUGUGGGCGUCAUGAAGGACUUCGGUAUUGGCGAGAUACCUGCAACCCUUCCACUGACCGUCUUUGUGCUCGGCUUUGGGCUAGGACCGAUGACUCUCGCACCACUCAGCGAGGCACCGGCCAUUGGAAGAACGCCAAUUUAUAUUUGGACUCUGCUCGCUUUCGUCAUCCUCCAGAUCCCUGUGGCCUUGUCGGUCGACCUUCCCAUGCUCAUUGUCUUCCGGUUCAUUACCGGCGUCCUGGGGUCUCCUCCCCUUGCCACCGGCGGCGCCUCAAUCGCAGAGAUAUUCACGCCGCGAAAGAGGGGACUGGCGAUCGGGAUCUGGGGUGUUGCAGCUAUCUUUGGCCCUGUCUUCGGUCCGCUCCUCGGUGGCUUUGCCGCCCAGUCGAAAGGCUGGCGAUGGACCAUCUGGGAGCUGAUGUGGAUCUCUGGCCUGGCUCUCAUCAUCCUGUUCUUCUUCCUGCCCGAGGUCAACGCCAAGAACAUUUUGUAUCGGCGGGCACAUCGACUUCGCCGUCUGACGGGCAACAACAAACUUAUGAGCGAAGGAGAAAUCGCCUACAAACACGUCACCGUGAGAAAAGUGGCGUAUCUCACCAUCAUCCGUCCCUGGACCCUGACGUUUACGGAACCGCUUGUCUUUCUCCUUCACACCUGGGUCGCCCUGAUUUUCGGCCUGUUGUUCAUCUGGUUCACCUCGUUCCCGCUGGUGUUCGAGGGCGUCUACGGAUUCAACCCCGGGGAAACCGGGCUGUCGUUCCUCGGUCUCCUCGUUGGGGCACUGUGCUGCAUUCCGCCGUUCAUCUGGUACGACCGUAAGGUGCAACGGAGGAUGUUUGAUGAAGGAGGUCGCAUCAUGAAGCCCGAGCAGCGCCUGGUGCCCGCCAUGGUCACCGCGGCCACCAUACCCCUCUGUCUGUUCUGGUUUGGCUGGAGCGCCCAGAAGGCCGUGCAUUGGAUCGUCCCCAUCAUCGGAACCUGCUUCUUCGCCGUCGGCGCCCUGAUCAUCGUCAACGCCGUCCUGACCUACCUGCCGGACGCUUUCCCGACCGAAAUCCCUUCCGUCAUGGCCGGUUCGGCGUUCAUGCGCUUCUCCUUCGGCGCGGCUUUCCCGCUGUUUGCCCCCGCCAUGUAUCACAACCUUGGCAUCCACUGGGCCAGCAGUCUGCUGGGCUUCCUGGGGCUGGUCUACGUGCCGAUCCCCUUUCUCUUUUACUUUUUUGGCGAGAAGUUCCGCAAUACAAGUAAGCGAGCUCGACAUACCUGA